ACAUUCACAUUCAAAAUUCUUUGCUUCACUUCCAAUUCUCAUUCCCCUAACAAUGGCCGCCCUUCCUCUUACUCUUCUCCCCAUUCUCCUCUCCCUUUUCGCCGUCGACGCUAGAAUCCCUGGAGUUUACUCCGGCGGCCAGUGGCAGAGCGCUCAUGCUACUUUUUACGGCGGCAGUGACGCCUCCGGAACCAUGGGAGGUGCUUGCGGUUACGGAAACUUAUACAGCCAAGGCUAUGGCGUAAACACGGCGGCGCUAAGCACUGCUCUGUUCAACAACGGUUUGAGCUGUGGAGCCUGCUUCGAGCUUAAGUGCGCUAACGAUCCGCAGUGGUGCCAUUCCGGCAGUCCGUCGAUUUUCAUCACCGCCACGAACUUUUGCCCUCCAAACUACGCUCUUCCAAGUGACAAUGGCGGCUGGUGCAACCCUCCCCGUCCUCAUUUCGACCUCGCCAUGCCUAUGUUCCUCAAGAUCGCCGAGUACAGAGCCGGAAUCGUUCCUGUCUCUUACCGCAGGGUGCCAUGCCGAAAACAAGGAGGAAUAAGAUUCACAAUCAACGGCUUCCGGUACUUCAACUUGAUACUAAUCACCAACGUGGCAGGCGCAGGGGACAUAGUGAAGGCAAGCGUGAAAGGCAGCAAAACAGAGUGGAUGAGCAUGAGCAGAAACUGGGGUCAAAACUGGCAAUCAAACGCCAUUUUGGUUGGUCAGUCACUCUCCUUUAGAGUCACAGCCAGUGACCGUCGCACGUCCACUUCCUGGAACAUCGUCCCUUCCAAUUGGCAAUUUGGGCAGACUUUCACCGGCAAGAAUUUCAGGGUCUAAUUCCUCUUUUUUUUUUUUUAAAUUUUUAUUUAACUUUCCCGCUCUUUUUUCUUUCAGUAAUUGAAUAUUCUAGUUUGCUUGUUCUUCUUAGAGGGACGAGAAAGAGGGAGAAAAUGAGAGAAAAGUGAGCGGAGUUUUGGGGGGUUUAAAUUUAGUGGGAAGGAAACUUUUUGACUUGGGGAAAAUGGGAGUGUGUUAGUUAAUGGGAGUGUUAUUAUGGAAAAAAACAAAAGAAAAGGUAAAAAAGGGGUUUUGUUUUGAAAGAAGGGGAAGGGAAUGUGGGGGUGUGUUUUGUUGUACUGAGAAAUGGCUGAAAGUGGCUGCUAAAUUAGUAUAGCCCGCAGCUUGCUUAUUAUUAUAAUUAU